AUGAUGACGGGAAAGGACUGCUCCGAUGGACACUACGGAAACUCUGAAGACCCCAUCCCUCUAUCGUCGAUCCAGCUUAAACCUCGACAUGCGACGUUGACAUCCGCCAUCCUCUCGUCCUACAUACGUGACGGUGCCAUCUCCCUGUCCCAGUCGGCACAAGAGUUGUUGGGGAUUUCUCGGUCGCAGGGUACCGGUGCGAAACGCAAGAGCGAAUGGUGGGACUCGCCUCUGCCGCCUCUCACCCCGACCUCCAACCUGGGUGAAACGGAGGCUGAACGGAAGCCGUUGGGUGUCGGUCUGGGUCUCUCGGAGAUCGUGCCCAUUCUUCGUGGAGGGCGCGUCGGGGAAGCCUGCUCCCCAGACUGA